GCCACAACCUGAAAGAAUCGGAGGAAGCCUGAAUUUGGAAUCACCUGUUGUCUUGUCUUAGAGGAACGGAGCGAACGGUUGAAAUACUUCAUAGCUGCAAAGAUUUUUAGACAAAUCAUGACCAUGCUAGGAUUGCUGGUCAUCUCCACGUUAUUGUGCGCCAUCGCUGUUCAGGCUUCCAUUAACAAUGGUGAGCAAGGGGAAAUUAUUGCUGAACUCCCCACUCAGCCCAUGGUCUUCAACACUCCGGAUGAACUCAGGACCUAUCUGCAAGAGCUCGACAAAUAUUUUGCGAUCGUUGGACGGCCGAGAUUCGGCCGGACUCUCGGUAAUGGCUAUUCCAGAAAUAUCUAUCCUUAUUUCCGAACAAACCCGUUGGCACCACCAUCCUUCUGAUAGUCGGCCCCACGCCCAAGCCCUGCUUCCACUAAGAGCUUCUUCAAUAAACACGUAUCGUUCCAAAAAGAAUGUAUCGUCGGCAGCGUAGCAGCAAGCCUCUGAAGUAGUUCUUAAGCGAGAAGCUUUUUUUUGCCAACCCUUUCUCCCAUCGUUCGUUCUAGAUCUAGCGCCAUCAUUUAAGCAAAUGAAUUUUGCGGCCUUUAUCAGAUUACACCGUCGUCUAGCUGUAA